GGAGAAAGUUCUUUUCCCGUCGGGUUUCCGUCAUCAUCGAGGAAAGAAAACUCAUCGAUGAUAAACAUCCCGAGGGUAACAAACUGUGGUGUCCCGUAUCCGUGCAUCGCAGGGCUCAUCCUUGAAGAAGGAUAACUCAGAUGUGAAAGAUGAAGCAGAGUUGCAAUGCGAUAAGAUAAGGAUGCCAGGAAUGUCGAUCAUCAAUCAUCGAUCAGGCCUUGAUCACUAACUGGCAUCAUCUCUGCCCUCCCAUGAAGGUCUGGGCGGUCCAGUACGAUCCCGCUCUGUUUUCUGAAGAUCUUUAUCACGCAGGCCUUUUAGUCGUUGACUCAGAAAGUGCGACGCGAAUCAAAAAGUUCUUUAGAAGGGAGGACGCCUGUCGGACACUCAUCGGACGUUUACUGCCCCGUAUGAUGCUCAGGGACCGUGGCGUUUUGCCACAAGCUAUGACAUUUGGUGCGACAGAGGCAAGGAAACCAUAUAUUACCACACCUGAUCUGGAUCCGCCCGUUGCAUUCAAUGUAUCCCAUGAUAAUGGUCUUGUAGUAAUGGUGUUCGGACCCGGCACUGCCAACCCGCCAUCCUUUACAAUUGGGAUUGAUGUGAUGAAGGUACGGAUUCCAGGGCGUGAUUCCUUCAGAUCCUUUGUAGAGACUGUAGGAGAUCAGGCAAGUCUAACCUCACUUGAGCGUCGCUCUCUACUCUCCCCCGGAGUAUCGCAAGACGAAGCCCUCCGCAGAUUCUUUUGGAUAUGGACGAUAAAGGAGGCCUAUACAAAAGCUCUUGGGCUUGGGCUUGGGUUUGACUUCAGUCGACUGGAAUUCGAUGUAACUUCGGAUAUAUUCCGGGUAGAUGCUGUCGUCCCUCCGGGAUGGCAAUUCACAAAAUUUAUGUUGAUGCAGGGACAGGACGUGUAUCUGGGCGUUGUCGCUGAGUUCACAGGAGGCACGGAAACCACGAUUACCUCCGAAAACGAGGCACACCCUUGGUUGAUCACCUACGACGCACAUCUAUUCACGCAGCAGGCUGUAAAGGAGCUGCAGGCUAAAGAAGCUCAGGGUUAG